GGGAAUGGAAGGAGCAGCAGAAGCAGCCUGGCGAAGUUUGUCCAACACUAUUGGCACUACGGCGCUCAGAUCAAGUGAAGAGAGACAAGAAAUCAGAGGAAGAGAGAUUAGGGGAAUGACAUGCAACAUGUCACAAAUGGCCUCAGUUCACUACUAUGUGGGAUGUGCUCUACCAGGUUGCCCUACAUCUGAACAUCUACACAGCAUUAUUGUGAAUCAAGUGGGAUAGACCAUGUGACCAACUUCAGUUUUCAGCUGCGAUGUCCUAAUUAACAGCAUUCCAACUCCCACCCUUGCUUUUCUUUCCAGUUUUAUCUCCCUUGAGCCUCCUCUCUCUUCCUGAUGUUGUGAUUUCUCGCCAUAGCACUAACGGCGCCCCUCUGGCGUGAUGAGCAGCCUGCGCCAGCAGCAUCAUGUCAGCACAGGCUCAGAGCGAGACCUCCAGUCAGCUGCCUCCUCUGUCAGCCUCCCGUCAGUUAGGAAGACCCCUAAGAAGCGCCGUCUGUCCCUCCACACAUUUUUCAGUCGUAGAUGUCGACCCAGUCGUGACACCAAGUGUAAGUCCAAAACACAGCAGAAUGGGACUGGAGCAGAUGCCACUGUCGGUGCAGAAAAUGUCCAGCCCGAAACUUUCCAUGAUAAAACCUCUGCCCACUCUGCCCUGGGGUUAGCCUCGACCUCCUCCAUGUCUGGUUCCUCUUCGGAGCUGCUGGAGUGCCCACUGUGUCUGCUGCGCCAUGCACGUGAGCGCUUCCCAGACAUCAUGACCUGUCACCACCGCUCAUGUGCAGACUGCCUGCGACAGUAUCUGCGCAUUGAGAUCUCUGAGUCUCGUGUCAACAUUAGCUGCCCCGAGUGCUCAGAACGCUUCAAUCCCCACGACAUCCAGAUGAUCCUGGGAGACCGGGCCCUCAUGGAGAAGUAUGAGGAGUUCAUGCUGAGGAGGUGGCUGGUUGCUGAACCCGACUGCCGCUGGUGUCCUGCGCCAGACUGUGGUUAUGCAGUGAUUGCAUUUGGCUGCGCCAGCUGCCCAAAGAUCACCUGUGGGCGUGAGGGAUGUGGGACAGAGUUCUGCUACCACUGCAAACAGCUGUGGCAUCCCAACCAGACAUGUGACACUGCACGGCAACAAAGGGCCCAGAACCUCCGGCUAAGGAGUUUCAGGUCCUCCUCCCUCAGCUACAGCCAAGAGAGUGGAGCUGCAGGUGAUGAUAUCAAGCCAUGUCCUCGCUGUGCUGCCUACAUCAUCAAGAUGAAUGAUGGCAGCUGUAACCACAUGACCUGUGCUGUUUGCGGCUGUGAGUUCUGCUGGCUCUGCAUGAAGGAAAUCUCUGAUUUGCAUUACCUGAGUCCAUCAGGCUGCACCUUCUGGGGCAAGAAACCCUGGAGCAGGAAGAAGAAGAUCCUGUGGCAGCUGGGUACACUGGUCGGCGCUCCAGUGGGCAUCGCUCUCAUCGCUGGCAUUGCCAUCCCUGCAAUGAUCAUUGGCAUCCCCGUUUAUGUGGGAAGAAAGAUUCACAAUCGUUACGAGGGUAAAGACAUCUCCAAACACAAGAGGAACUUGGUCAUAGCUGGUGGUGUGACACUGUCGGUGAUUGUGUCACCUAUGGUCGCAGCAGUCACUGUUGGAAUCGGUGUUCCCAUCAUGCUGGCUUACGUCUAUGGAGUCGUCCCUAUCUCACUGUGCCGCAGCGGUGGCUGUGGAGUGUCCACUGGCAACGGGAAAGGAGUGCGAAUCGAGUUUGAUGACGAAAAUGACAACAUAGGAAAUGGAGCCACGGCUGCAGAUACGACGUCAGUGGCAGAGACGCGGCUCAACAACCCCAGCCUUGGAGAUGGGGCCAGUGUGGGCGGGCUAACAGGCCUGAGCCUCAGUGUCAGUGGGAGCCACAUGGAGCGCUGUGGAAUGAGCUCCACUCAGAGGGACAACAUGAGCGAUAAUGCCAGCACCACGGCCCUUGCCGGAACCAGUAUCACCAGUAGCCUUUCUGGGAGCUGCUACAACAGGAUGGAGGUGCAGGCUGACAUCCAGAAGGAGCGCUGUAGUCUGAGUGGAGAGUCGGCCACUGUCAGUCUGGGGACAGUCAGUGACAACGCCAGCACUAAAGCCAUGGCAGGAUCCAUCCUCAAUGCCUACAUGUCUCUGGAAAGAGACAACAGUGUGGAAGUACAGGCAGAUGUGGAGUGUAAACAUGAGAAGGUGCGCCAUGGCAGCAGCAGCAGCAGCAGUCUGGAUGAAGCCAGCUGCAGCAGCAGUUGUGCAGUCGUCAAAGGUGCAGCCGGAGGCACGUGCCCAUGUCCUUCCACCUGCUGCAACCCCAACUACUGCCCACUGUCCUGGACAAAGGAUGCCUCCCCUUCAGAGGAGCUGAAGAAAAGCAAAGGAAAAGUGUGGGAAAAAGCCAGCAGCAAAGGAGACGCAAAGACAGAGAUGCAAGGAGAUGUGGACGCUCAGCUCCUGGAGCAGCGCAGCACCAACUCCUCUGAGCUGGACUCGCCGUCGCUGAGCGGCAGCCUGCCCUCGGUGGCCGAGUCUGGCUGUAGCCGCUCCUCAUCAGAGCUCAGCUGCUCUGAGCCUGAAACCUCCAGGUCAGCACAUCCGUUAUCCUCACGCCCCCUAGACUCCACAUUCAGUGAAGUCCCUCCCAUGCCUGAGGUGGAGAACGACCGCCUGGAGCAUCACCCAUGUCACAUGACCCACACAGCCUUCACUCACCGCACGCUGUCUUCACCCCCGCUGGCUUCACCCCCGCUGGCUUCACCAAAAGAAGGAAACAGUGGGUCGUUCCUGUACAUCACAGAGGAGGAUGGAAGCCAUUCGACCAGUAGAGAGCCCCAUGAAGAAGAGGAGGAGGAGGAGGAGGAGGAGAGCACAAAGGAGAGAUCUAACUCCAACAGCACCACUAUGAGCCCAACAAGGAAGCACUGUAUACAAACCCAUAUUUAAAGGAAACCAAGUCCAAGCUGCUGGUCAAGGUUUUAAAGUUAUAAAUUCACAUCUAAUUUUACAAUUAAUGUACAGAGGAGGCAGAAAGAGAACAAUGGGACAGUGAAUGUUUAAGUUGGGGAGAGAAUAAAGUGAAUAAAGUGGAGCAUAGUCAAGUCAAAUCAGAUGGGUUCUGUUGUUUAAAGGUGCAGGAGACUUUCAUCACCAGUUUUUCAUCAGGUCUGUCCAUCCUCAGUCAUAUCCUCAGUAUCAUGAAUCUGUUAGUCUGUCUGUCAUUCCUCAGCUGAAGGUCUC